AUGUCGAACGCCGAGCUCGCAACCUCCUACGCCGCUUUGAUCCUCGCCGAUGAUGGUGUCGAUAUCACUGCCGAGAAGCUUCAAACUCUGAUCGCCGCCGCCAAGGUUGCCGAUGUCGAGCCUAUCUGGACCUCUCUGUUCGCCAAGGCCCUUGAGGGAAAGGAUGUUAAGGACCUGCUCCUGAACGUCGGUUCGGGCGGCGGCGCACCCGCUGCCGGCGGUGCUGCCGCUGGUGGUGCCGCUGCUGCAUCUGAGGAUGCCCCAGUUGAGGAGAAGGAGGAGGAGAAGGAGGAGUCCGACGACGAUAUGGGCUUCGGUCUUUUCGACUAAGCGGUUUCCGGGAGUCUCUGUCUGUACUUACCUUGCAUGGCCACGGUUUUUUGUCCCACGGUGCAAUAUCUGGCUGGACGGGCGGCCUCUAUAGAAUGAGAACGCUUACAUGACAUAUCGGUUCCAAGUUCCACAAGUGAUUUUCCUGAAUGCACUGUGAAUACUUCGGCCUGCCGAUUCGAAAGCGAUGGAAAUUUAUAGGGCGCAGCUAUAACUCCUGGCACGACUUCGACUUGUAAAUGACCUGUUUUGGACUGUGCUCCAGAUUCUACGGCUUGGGACAAGAUGAAAGAACUGGUGCUGAGGCUUGAUUGGAGUCGGAUGGAAUGUCUCAAGGUUUGCUUCCUCACUCCUCUGUGGUGGGAAUGGCAGACUAAAAGAAAUCGAACAAACUCUGACU